GUGUCAGGUCUAUUGAAAAGAAAGUUGAAAAGAACUGAAAACCAUUGAGCUUUUCCGAAUCAAAUCGUAUUUCACAAAUCGACAUAAUUUCGAUUCCAAUUUUCUGCACGUUGACAUAAUGCCAGUUGUGAAGGAUUGGGAUAGUGCAAAGAGCCAAGCUGAACAUUUGCAUCCACAAAUAUAUAAAUCGGAGACUGACAAGAGAGAAUAUAGGACCAUCAGAUUGCCAAACGGUUUAGAAGCUUUGCUAAUAUCCUGUGAACAUUUAACAACAUCUUCUUCUCAAGAAAAUAAGGCAGCAUGUAGCUUAUGCCUGGAUGUAGGAGAAUUCAGCAAUCCACCAGAAAUUCUGAACAUAACAUAUUUCUUAACCAUGGAAUAUAUGUAUUUUCAAAAACCCGAAAUACGUUCAGAGGUAGUAAAACAUGACGCAUAA